GGCGUCAACGCAUUGAGCUUAUUUUCCUUCUCCGUACGGUAUGUAAAUGUCAUCGAUUACUUUUUUCUGUUCGCUUUUUUUAGGGCGGAAGAAAAGAGCUGAAACAAUACGGAUUCUUUUUCCAACUUCCCUGCGUUCAGCGAGAAAAUAAGCGUCAGUACUGAUUCAGACUCCGUCCCGUCUCUAUCGAUCGAUAAUAGCAUGAUAUUUAAUUUUCAAAAAUAAUAGCAUGAGUUUUUAAGACGAUUCGAGAUUGUGACAUGGAGUAGUGAUUAAGUCCGUUGUUGUAGUCUUUGAAGUGUUUUGUGGAUACUAAUUUCACAAGUUGGAUAUUUUGACCCGGUAAAGAUCAUGGAAACGCAUGUGAAAACAGUGCGUAAUGGUGCGUAUCUUGUAAUCGCGGCCGCACUUUUGCUCAGUAUCCCCAAGUUGCCUUCGGAUUUAGUGUUUGAAGAAUACAGUUUACCCGAUCCACCUUCCUUUGAGGGGAAGUUGGCUGUCAACGACGCUCUGAAUGGCGCGACAAAGUUGUUCGAAAACGAGGUCCAUGCGCCGGAAUCCCUGGUCGUCUACAACGGCGUGCUGUAUACAGGACUCGCGGAUGGCCGGGUAGUCGCCGUGAAAGAUGACACGCUCUAUACCAUCGCAAACCUCGGGCGGCCGUGCGAUCAAAUAUGGGAUAAAACGAAAUGCGGUAGAGCAUUGGGCGUCGACAUGGACAAACACGGAAACUUGUUUGCCAUCGAUUGUUACCACGGUAUAUACAAAGUGAAUACAACAACAGGGGACUUUUCUCUGAUUAUCCCUCUGGAUAAGCCCAUUGCCGGACAAAUGCCACUUUUACCGAAUAAUAUUGCCGUUGGCCCUGACGAAGCCAUCUACUGGAGCGAUACGUCGACGAAAUUCCCUCUGCACAAACUUUUAUUCAUCUGGGUUGGCGACAAAUCCGGAAGGCUCAUUCGAAGCAACCAAACGACGGGGGAAAGUGAAGUCCUGAUGGAGGAUCUCGCCUUCUCCAAUGGGGUGUACGUAUCGCGUGAUGGUUCAUACGUAGCAGUCGUUGAAACGAUCAAAAGUCGUGUCCACAGAUACUGGUUGAAGGGGCCGAAAAAAGGGACCUCGGAAAUCUUCCUAGAUAACCUUCCCGGAGUACCAGACAACAUAGUCCCUUACAAGAAUGGAGGAUUCGUGGUUUCCUUGAUCCUCACGAGGGAGGCUCCUGAUAUCCCUAACUACUUAGCACCUUUCCCAAGGCUCCGACAGAUCAUCUCCAGGUUCGGGGCUUUGUUGGAAAUGGUCCUACAGAAAAUUCAGGACGUUUAUCCUACAAACUUAUGCAAAAAAAUGAUCUUUUACAUGGCGCAUCAUGACUCGACAGCUUGGUUCAUAUUCAAUACACACGGGAUAGCACUUGUUUACGACGACGAUGGGAAUUUGGUGAAAAGUUUGCACUCUACGGAUGGUAUUCUGCCCUAUAUCAGUGACGUAGUCGAACUUGACGGCCAUUACUACGUGGGGUCUCCUUACAAUUCAUUCAUUGGCAAAGUGCCCAUACGCAACACGUGAUGAAAGAGCUCUUGUACACUUUUGGAUGUUGAGCUGAUUCCAUUCAAGCGUUUUCUGGUGUUAAAAACGGGGACAUCGAUGAUCUAAACGCUAUCUCAUCGCUGGCCAAUGAGGACACUGGCAAAUCAUCGAUGGCUCCAUUCGCUGAAAAAAAAAUUGUCUUGAGAUGUAAUUUUGGCUGAAAGCAUCGUUUCCCAUUUCGUAUAAAAUUUGAUUUUUUCGAGGUUCUACAUAUAUCUGUGCGGAUUCAAGUGAAAAUCAGUUUUUUUUAGUUAAAAAGCGGCGUUUUGCCAUCAUUAAGUUCAAUCUAAAGAAACGAUAGCAAAACAACGUGCCUUUCACUAAAAAAAAAAAAAAAAAAAAAAAAAAAACUGACUAUAAAGUAAAUCCACACGGAUUUUAAAAAAAGAACAAAUUCUUGUCGAUAAGAGACGACACUUCAAGUCAAAAUAAUAUCUCCAAAAAAAUUUGUUUCAGUAUGUCUUCAACUCUUAUGAGACAUAAGAAAACAGUUCUAUCUAGAGGGUUCCACUGAAAGAUGACUCGCUACAAAGAUAACUUUCGACCAUUAUUUUCUUAGUUAUGGUAAGGAAACUAAUUUUUACUGGCGUAAUGAUAAACUAACAUUGUUACAAGUUAGUUAAUUAACUAGUGCAUAAUUAUGAGGGUCGGAAGUUAUCUUUUUCUAUCUGUGAUAAUGAUUUGAUUUUAAAAAAUAGAAAAUACUCGUAGUUUGUUGGGGUUCAACAUUCAAAUGUAUAUUGAUUUGCUCAGGCAUACUUAGACCAAAGAUAAUGUUUUGUAUUUAUUUUAAGUCAGGUUUUCUGAAUUUAUCAUUUUUGAGUAGGGCACGACCUUUGCUACAUAACCUACUUUACGAGCGAUGCAAGAGGAUUAAUUCCUUCUGAAAAUAAACAUACCAGCUAGAAUAAUUAAGUAUUGGUGCUCAUUAUGAACGCUUGCUGUAAACUGUAUCCGCAGCACUUGUAAAAAGAAGUUCAACGACGGAUUAAAUGUACUAACCAAA